GAUUUUUCUGAGGGAAGGAUGUGGCCACGCUGCGAGCUGAUUUAAACUGAUGUCAGAGGAGGCUGCUUUCAGCUGACAUAAUGAAUUUUUCACUUGUUGCUUAUGAUGAUUCGGAUUCUGAAGCAGAGACUGGAAGAUCUGGAGAUGCUAUUAGCAGUGAAAUUAAUCUAACAGAUUGUACUGUGAGUUUUGUUCAGCCCAGUGGUGACUUAAAUACUAUUUCUGAGGCAAAAAUCCAAUCUGUGGAAUAUACGGGCAGCUCCAGAAAGAACAUGUGUUAUGAGGAUACCUUUCAACAGUAUCUACAACCUAAUGAAAAGUCAGCAGUAGCAGCUCAUCCCCAGAAAUUGUACCCUGCUACUUUGAAAAAAGCGAGCAGUAAGUAUACCCAGCCAUUAAACCCUUUAUUGGAACCUAAAAUACCUUCUGGAAAUGCAAAUGCUCAGAAGAGGAUGUGUGAUGAUGGAAAUGAAACUAUUCAAAAACUGAGACCAUAUAUUUCAAAAAAACUGCGACAGGAAAAACAUGAAUAUCACAAAGAAAGCAUACAUUCUCCAAUUAAAUUUAGUACAGCUGAAGAUAAAAUGUCAAUCACAGUUUCCCAAUAUAUUAUGCCAUACAUAGGAUCAAAAUAUACAGUUACUGAAAUUCCAAAGAAACUGGUGUUUCACAUGGCUGAGCAUAGUGGUCCAGUUAAUGCAGUUCGCUGGUGUCCUCUGCAGAGGUGGAGCCAUAUGUUGCUUUCUGCAUCUAUGGAUAAAACUGUCAAGGUUUGGGAUGCUGUGGAUGAAGGACGCUGUUUAAAAACAUACUCUAACCAUACCAGUGCUGUCCGAGCUAUUCAGUGGUCCCCCUGUGGAAGAAAUGCACUUAGCGGAGGCUUUGAUUUUAUGCUUCAUUUAACAGAUAUUGAAACAGGAGCACAGCUUUUUAGCAGCAGGAGUGAAUUUCGAAUCAGCGCCCUGACAUUUCAUCCUCUUGAUCCAAAUGUUUUUGUUUGUGGAGGAUUCAGUCCAGAAGUUAAAGCCUGGGAUAUAAGGUCUUCUAAGAUUAUAAAAGUCUACAAAGCUGCAGUUCAGCAAACCUUGGACAUUAUGUUUCUCUGUGAAGGAAAAGAAUUUCUUACCAGUACUGAUGCAGUAAGCCAAGACUCAGCUGACCGUACCAUCAUUGCUUGGGAUUUCCAAACUGCUGCAAAGAUCUCCAAUCAAAUUUUUCAUGAGCGUUUUACCUGCCCAAGUCUUUCAGUUCAUCCUAAAGAGUUUGCCUUUGUUGCUCAGACAAAUGGCAACUACAUGGCUUUAUUUUCCAGUCUGCCACCUUAUCGAAUCAACAAGAAGAAGAGGUUUGAAGGGCACAAGGUUGAAGGAUUUGCAAUAGGCUGUGAGUUUUCACCUGAUGGAACACUUCUUGUGACAGGGAGUUCAGAUGGCAAAGUGUUUUUCUACAACUAUCGCACAGCUCAAAUUCUCCAUACCAUGUCAGCACAUAGUCAAGCCUGUGUGAAUGCAACCUACCAUCCAGUCCUUCCAUCACUCCUUGCCACCUGCUCCUGGGAUGGGGUGAUCAAAAUCUGGCAGUAAUAGAAUUUAGGCAGCCAGCUAGCUUUCCAACUUUGUAAAUAUACUUUUCUCUUGUAGUUUCAUUUCUUGGAACUUUAUGUUGUACUGUGUAGUUGUAUACUAAAAACCAAUUUUACUAAAAUGUGGCUAGGUGGGGCAGGAAAUAUCAACUUCCUUGGUCACACUAUACAAAUAAUUAAUUUGCCUGACUCUGUUUUUGACCCACUUUGCCUUUGGAACUGUGACCCUUUUCCAAUGGAGUUCUCUGACACUAUUAGAGCUAUAGUGUUCUUAUAGACAGCUCCUAAAUGUAUAGCUACUGCUAGCUUUCUCCAAGUUUUUGUUGCAGGGAAUUAGUAAUGGGCUAGAUUGAAAAAGGAAUAAGAGAUUAGCUGAAGACCCAAGUCUAUAUGUUCUGCCUGCUAAUAUUGGAUGUGGAAUGUACAAAAUCAAUAGAUAGAAGUAAUUAAAAGGGACUCAAGAUCAUUCAAGUUCUUCUGGGAACCUAGAUUUUUAACCACUUUGAUGUUACUAAAUCAGCACUCCUAGUUUAAAAGUUUACUAUUGUUUAGCUGUCCUCACUGCUUCACCCUUUUACUGUUACUUGACUUGAUCCUGUAGGCUUUUCAUCCAGUUUUAAUGGAGUCACACUACACUAGAACUGGUGUAGCCAUGGAGGCUUUUCUGAUGCAAAGUAAUGUGGUUAGGAUCUGAUUCUGAUAUCAUUAUGGUCACAUGGAGCUCAGAGAGAUUUAUGACACUUAUGGGUGAUGCUUGGAAUAAAAAAAUUCUAAACAAUUUGCUUAAAAAAAUUAUUUUAAAAUAGUUUUAAGAUUUUUCAGCAAACUGGAAGCAAUAGCAUUUCUAAGAGCAUAGCUAUUUCCAUUUAGCUAAGGUCAAGGAUAUGGUAAGCUUCUUAUCCCAAAAUAACACCUUUCUUCCUAACUGGGAGCUAUAUAUUUAAUUAUAAUAACAUAACUGUUUCUGUCUCUGCCCUGUAUUCAUCUGAAGUAUACACUGGAGGAACAGAUGACCUUACAGGGUAGGUUUGGGAUAUGUGCAGGAGUGUAGGAAGACAAGAGUAAGGAGUUUUGUUGCUCCAUGGGAACGUAUUAGAUGUAGCCCACUGGGGCCAAACCUAACAGUGAUCUUUCACAUGUGGUAGCCAGGAACUGGAUCACUUAGAAAAUCCUUCCUUUAUCUAUCCUUCCUUUGCAAAGUACAGAGUGUACUUUUAUAUUGUGCUAAAAUGAAAGUUACUAAACUAUGUAUGCUAAAAUGUACAAAGUAAUAUAAAUGCUAUAUAAUGUUACAUAAAAAUUAAAUUUUAAAAAAGUAUAAAAAAUACAACCCAAAAGUAUCCUGUUGUAAAUAUAUUUUUCUAAAGUAUUCACUGUAAAGUAUUUAUUACCAAGCCUAGUUGCAUAUUUUUACUGACUGAAUGUAUCUAUUGAUCAGCUUUCCUGUCCACAGUAAGGCUAGCAUUCACUAAGAUUAAUAGUCUUUUAGUUUUUAAAAUUGUUUUUAAGUUAACAUGCAUUUGAUGGGUUCCAUAAAACAUAAAUUUAUCAGAAUUUACAUUAUACGUAGUUCUUGGUUAAUGACUGCCCUGUUUAGUGACUGUUCGAAGUUACAACAGCGCUGAAAAAGUAACUUUAUGGCCAGUCCUCAAACUUAUGACCGUGGCAGUGUCCCCGCAAUCACCUGAUCGCCAUUUGCACACUUCACAGCUGGCUUCUAACAAGCAAAAUCAAUGGAGAAGCUGGCAGUGAA